UUUUGGUUAAUCAAACUGAGGAAUAUCAGCCGUUUACCGGUUUGUUUUGCUUGAUGUUUAUACCGAACGCUUCCGUUAUGUGUUGUAUUAAUAUGCUGCGAUGUCUUAUUCCAGACGCUGAGACAGUGCUUGCUGUUUGUGCAGAUCGGGUGCAUCAAGAUGUCACUGAAGCAGCGAUCACAUUUGUAUGAUGUAUUAAAGUUUCCUUUCAAGGUCACAGCUUAACAGAAUGAAUCUUGUGCGUCUUCUGAGCCGCCACAAAACCGCCCUGGGGCUCGGCAGCCUCUCUUUGUUUGCCUUGGUCCUCUUGUAUUUGGCUAAAUGCACGUCGGAAACACUGAAACACUCUGAAUCGGGCUUCCCUCAUCACGCAGAAAAGAGAGAUGAACCCCAACAGCAACAGACCAAGGAGCUGUCUGCUUUCCUCGUCGUUCUCAUCACCACUGGACCCAAAUACACAGAGAGACGGAGCAUCAUUCGCAGCACCUGGCUCGCCAAGCGUGACCCUGACAUUCUCUGUAAGUUUGUGGUCGGGACCAACGGCCUUCUUCCUGAGGACAUCCAGAACCUGAGCCUGGAGAACGCCAGGCACCACGACCUGCUGCUUCUGCCAGAUCUGAAGGACUCCUAUGACAAUCUCACCAGCAAGCUCGUUCACAUGUAUUCCUGGCUGGACCAGCAUGUAGACUACAAGUUUGUCUUAAAGGCUGAUGAUGACACGUUUGCUCGACUUGAUGUAAUCAAAGAAGAGCUGCAGGCUAAGGAACCCAAGAAACUGUACUGGGGGUUCUUCUAUGGUAGGGGAAGGGUUAAAUCUGCAGGGAAGUGGAAAGAAAGCACCUGGGUACUCUGUGACUACUACCUGCCAUAUGCGUUUGGAGGUGGCUAUGUCUUAUCAGCUGAUCUGGCACACUAUAUCAGGAUCAACCGGGAAUACCUUAAGUUUUGGCAGAGUGAAGAUGUCUCUUUGGGGGCAUGGUUGGGUCCAGUGGAUGUGAAGCGCAUUCAUGACCCCAGAUUUGACACUGAAUUCAAAUCCAGGGGCUGCAAUAAUAAAUACAUUGUGACUCACAAACAGAGCAUUGAAGAUAUGCUGGAGAAGCACCAGACACUGAUCAGAGAAGGGAAACUGUGUAAAGAAGAAGUCAAGCUUCGACUGUCUUAUAUAUACGACUGGAACGUGCCACCUUCUCAGUGCUGCCAAAGGAAAGAUGGCAUUCUUUGAUACUGUUCUGCACUGAAGGAGAAUUCAAAGUUGGGUUGAGGCUCCCGUUCAGAUGACAUUAAAAUUAUAUAUAAUGAAGAGUUUUUAACUUUGUGUGAUGCUAUAACUGUGUUCCUGAUCUUAACAAUGUAACGGUUGAUAUAAUGGACCAUAUCGUCUUUGUUACUGAUAUUCAAGUAUGUAAUGCUUGCUAAACGUACAUUUAAAUGUUGACACGCAGAGUGUGCUGCUGCUGUUUUGUGUGCUCUUUCAGUUCAGUGUCACUGCUUGCCAAAUAAGCUUUUUAGUGUUUUUAACAACUUCAUUGUGAAGUUGGGAUUUUGUUUUUACUUUUCAGGCCCCCCCCCGUGCAUGGCAUGACAAUUGUAUUCUAUUUAUUUUGCCUGGUUUCCAUUAACUUUCUGAUCAUUUUGAAUAGCAGUACAAAAGUGAAUGGCAAAUGUAGAACAAACCAGUGGGUUGAUUUGAUGAAGACAGCUCUGGGUUUUCUAGUGCUGGGACAAACAUGGCUUUCUCAUGUACAAAUAUUCUUUCAAAAUAGAAUUAAAAUAAAAGUAUAAUUCAAACCCCAUUCCAGUAAAAAAAAAAAAAAAAAAAAUCUGGCAACUCGACAGAUGUCCUUCGAUGUAAAAUGUGCAAUUUUUAUUUUAGACAUUUACCCUUUCAUGCUAUCAUUUGUCAUACAGUCAUAAACAGAUUUGCACCGCAUGCAUUUGAAUAGCUGUCUAAACUGGGGAAUCUCCCUGGAUUUCAUUAAUACACUCCGAAUGGCUGGUUUCACAGACCCUGAUUGAACUAAUGCUGGACUACUUCACCUACCGUUACAUUAGGUAAUCCAAGAUUAGCGCGAAUCUGUGAACUAGCCGGGAAUCGUCUCUGGAGUGAAUAUCUGGAGCUAAUGGCUGAAAUAUAAUAUUAUUUCCACUUUGCUGUUUGUUUCUGUGUGCAUGUGUCAGCCGGAUUCACAUUCACAUCUAUCAGAAACAGUUUUUAGAGGUACUGUGUGUUGUGUAUGGCCAGGAUGGCAGCGCUUUGUUUUUAAUGCACAUUGUUCACAUGGUCAUGCCUCUAAAAGGGACUGUUAUUGAGCUGCUGGAGGAUGGACUCAGAGAGACACACACUAUCACCUGAGGUGCCACAGUCCGGUCAACUGUUGACUUUCCCACUGGCCGCUUGUAUCCUGCUAGUGCUAUUUAAAAUAACCGCUGUCAAAAGUGAAAAACUUACCGCUGUAGUCCAAACUACUCUAAUAAAAAUCUAUACAUGCUGAAAAUGGAUGCCUUGAAAGUAUUUGUAGCUAACAAAUUAAUUUCUUACCAGUUUUGCAUUUAGUUAAAUUAGUCUGAUGUGAAGUUUUGAAAGAAACAGAUGUUAGAGCACACACAUUUUAAUUUUAAAACCUGUUAUCUGUUGCUGCUUUGGUUUUAAAAGAACUGCAUGGUUUCUAAUCCUUACUCAGGUUAUCUGUUUGUACUUCCUGGGUCAUUUCACUUCAGCACCGUCUUGGGGAAAAUGUUACUGGCUGAAAGCAUGUCAGUCAGCAAGGGAAGCAGCUGGUUGGUUAACGACAGAAAAGAAGCCACAGUUGAGACUUGAAAAAAGGGAUGUACACAACCUGUAAGAGGUAUGCAGUUAUUAUGUUUGUUUCAUUCACUUUAAAUGAACAAACACCCACAAAGCUGCUCAACUCUAUUGCUUUAAACUGCAUCCACACUAGACGUGAGCCAAUCAUUUAGAAGUCACUGCAGUCAAAUGGGAGUGUCAACACCAGGGAGUGAGGUCACUCUGAGAAAAAUUCACGUCACUAAAAUAGAACCUGUUUCUAUUUUUUUUUUCUCAUUUCACGACUGGAUUGAAACUGACCAAUCAGAAGUAACACCUCUGACCCACGUCAAACACACGCCUCAAAACAAGUCACGCCUUAAAAAACAUGCCUCAAAACAAGUUAAUCAUGGAUGACGAAAAGUUAAUUUAUGAGGUAUCCACUUACACAGCAGUACCCACUAUUAUAUGAUUGCAAACUGAACGACUUCAAAGACAGCCAGAAGAAAGACUGCCUGGGUGGCUUUAGCAGCACAGAGACAUUUUAUUUCUGAUUAUGAAAGUUGCAUAAAAAUAGGUUUAUUAAUAAGGAAAAAUAAACUGGAGCAGUCUACAUAGCCAGCAUUUAAAUUAAAAUGUGCACCUUUGCUGGCUUUUAAAAAUGACAGAAGGUCCCGCGUUCACACAGCUUGAUCAUGUGACCUCAUUUUAAGCCAUGGCUUUUCUUUUGGUUUGUUUGUUUUUAUGAUAAAUAACGUUUUGUUCACUAAAUUGUUCUGUGGCACAAAUCCGUGACAAGAUGGUCUGUACAUAUGCAUAAAGUGACGUUUUGCGGAGAUUCACCAAAUAAAUAAAAAUAUUCUCGAGGUCCUGCUGUUCUAUACACUGUAAAACAAAGCCAGCAACACGUUUGUAUUCUAAGCUCAUAUGUAGUUGUGAAGAUUAUGAGCCAUAUUUAUAAAGCAUUUUCUCUCAAGU